AUGGCAGUAAUGUUGGGGUGGAGCUGCUUUAUUGGAUACCUUGCAACUGCCAAUCCGGCACUUUUCAGGUACAAAUUUGAGUGCUAUCUAAACACGUUGGCUGUCCACGGAUAUUUCACGGGGAUCACAUUGGCAACAAAGAAAAUCUACUAUCGUGAGAGCGUUCAAGGCCGAGACCGUCUUGUGCGAGCACAGCGAGCCUCUACAAAGUCUAAGAGAUCAGAUAAAAAGUUAGAAGGCCCAAGUGCUCAAGAACGUCUCGCAUCGGUUUUCACUCCAUUAUCACGACGCAAGGAAAUUCGUUCAUAUUGGCGGGCUUAUGUCCGAGAAUUCCCCAAAUCAGCUCCUGCGGCUUUGGCUGGAAUGUUUGUGCAUGUACUGAGUCAGCAACGAAUCAUGGACAGGAGCAAUAUGAUCAUUACAUGUUUCGUCAUAGCAAGCGUCGUAUUCAAGCUUACUAUUCAAGAAAGUAUCAAGCGCUACAUCCUCAAGAAACGCAUUCGUAGUCUCCGUAUCAUGUGUGCUGCUGUAGCGCUACCCACAGUAUUAAUCGAUACUCAAGCGAGAAUAAUUCUUCUGGGAACUCAAAGUACGAAUUUAUUGGCGCUUGGAACGCUCGGAAUGGCGCUCUUUGAGAUCUGCUUGCGCGUUGGAAAAGCACAUUUCCUCGUAAGAUCAAUUCGCAACCGAAUGCGUCAGAGAUCAACCUUGAAAUCUUCGCCUCAACAUGUUGUAGAUUCAAGAUCACCAACUCCAUCACAAGCAGAUUUCGAACUGUGGCGGGGCCGGGUUCAAGCCUACCACGUGGCCGAGAUCAACGCGGAUACAUACGCCGAAUAUAUCGCAAUCGGCUGCUCCGCUUCCAUCCUCGUUUUCUUCGGUGAUCACCCUCACUAUUCGCUGCUACGAAGACUAAACUACGGUGAGCAAACUAUCGAACGGUCAACGCAGCUCCGAAUGCUAGGCUUUCAAGUGGUAGUUGAGCUGGUGGUUGAUUUCGUGGCCACUUCAUUGGAAAUGAUGGCAGGCGUCGAGUUCGCGAUGGACAAGAAUGUUGCAGCAUUUCUUGCGAUAUUUCUCGCUGCUAUAGCAGUGCUCAACAUCAAUAUUUCAGUCGGCGUAUAUCUGUUUUGACAAAUCCAACCCGCUAAAUAUUGCCGGCUGGAAUAAUAAUAGCUCGUGAUCAUUAAGAAGGUUGUUUUGGAGCCGAGACAGCCCAUGACACCAGCCGAAGAGCACCAAUUCGAUCCAAAGGCGUAGUAAUGCUAGGACGGUCUACAUAUAGUAGAUUGUAUCUGCAAAGCUAUCGAUAAAAAACGAUAACAAUUAUUGCAAUCAUCAAUACGAA